AUGAACAUUAUAUCAACAAAAUCUGAAAAAUCUGAAGAUAUUAUAGAUUAUGGUAUGUUUAAAUAAAAAUUAGGUAUAGUUAUUUUUAAUAUAAUAUAUUUAUUCCCUUUCUUUUACUUAUCCAACUAUUUGGAUUUAGUCACUUAAAUAUUGAUCUUAAAUCUUUAUUAGACUCAAUCAGUUUUCAUAUCACUAACAAUCAUAUUUAAAAUAAUAGGUCUCCUUUUUCUAUUUCCCUUCCAUAUUCAUUUGCAAAAUCAUUCUUACAGUCUCUGAAUUAUUUCUCUUUUCAUGUCCAAAUUUUGUCAACCUUUUAUUUUCGAUCACGCAACUAAAUAUCAAUAUUUUUAUUUCUGUUACAUAUAUCAUUUUUAUCUUUAUGUCUUCACUAACCAACAUUCUUUCAAUAUACAUCCAGCUUCGCUACUAAAUUCACAAUAUUCAACCUAUAUGAAGUGAAUUUAAUUAUAUCUUUUUGAUCUUUUUGAGUCCAUGAUAUCAAAGGAGAAAUAAUUUGUGUACAUCAAUAUUAUAUUUCGGACUAAAUUAAUAUAUUAGGAAAUUAAAUGCAAUGUUUUUUUCUUGUUACCCAACUAUUAUUACAUUCACAAGGCGGACAAACAUCCAUAAGACUAAGACGCUCAUUAUUUUCAAAAUUAUUUUUUUUUUUUUGGAAUUUUUUUUUUAGACAAUUUAUUAAACAGUGACUCUAAAAUGUUAAAUUAGGUAGGUAUCGAUUUUGCAACACAAUAAUUUUAAAGUGGUGAAACCAUAAUCUUUAUUUGAUUUUCAAAUAGCAAUUUAAGUAUAUAUUUACCUAUAUAUUAACAAUUUCAUAAAUAGAUUAGAGUAUUAGUUUAAAUGCAUUAUGGUGUUUCUGCACCUUAAAACCAUUCUAACGUAAGUCACAUUAUUUUUUAGCAAAACAACUGAAAAAAGGGACAUGUUUCCUGACAUAUAUUAUCAGAACUUAUGCUCUUAUAACCCAAGUAAAAUUAUGGAAGGAGUAUUUUUAACAGACUUCCGUUUUUAUGGCUCAAGGAAAAACAUAAUAUAAAAAUGCAAAAAAUAUAAUAGUCUAAUUAAUAAUCUAAAUAAUAAUUUUUGGACUUACUCACAUUCGUUUAGUUCUGAGAUACAGGUUUAUCUUUUUAAUUUCCGUCAAUCCGUUGACGAGAUAUUCUAUUUCUAAGUUAAAGUAAGUAGGGGAGAGCAAUGGAACACAACCUAGGUAUUCAAAUGCCUUGCGUCACGCUAUUACACAAAAAUAUGUUCUACUCCUCAUAUCCAAACCUAAAAGUAGAAUAUCUUGUUAACGGGUUGACGGAAAUUAAAUUUAAAAUGUCCAAACCAAAAUGGAUUUAAACUGAAAUUUAAAAUAUUAUGUACAAAAUGUUUAAUACAUGUUGCUCUUUGAUAAUCAAAUGUGGAUAAUGGUUUUGCCCCUUAAAAUAAGGGUGUCAAAAAUAAGGGAAAUUUAACAACUUCAAAUCUAAAGUAAGUACUGGGUAGAGGAUUCAUCCUUCCCCCCACUCCCUCCAAAAAAAUUAUACAAAAUAAAUCAAAUGCAACAUUUAGAGUGGCUUGGUUAAAUAUUGUCCAAAAUAAUUUCGAAAAAUUUUAAUAAGUGGUAGGUACAUAUUUUCUGAUAUAAUGAGUAUUGUAUCAAGAACUUUAUAAUCAUCUUGUAAAUAAUAUUUUUUUAAUUCUAUAGAAUAUCUAGUUAACAGACAUAGUAAAUAAAAUAGGUAUAAGAAUUUAGAGUAGGUAAAUUACAGUUGGUAGGUAGUAGUUAUAUUUAGUUUGCUCUAGAUUUAUUUACAAAAAUAUAUUAUACUUAAACAAAUAUCAAACAAUUUGAAUAAUUUAAAGGGUUUUUUAAAGUUGUAUAAUUUAUUAAAUGCUUAAAUAAAAUAAAAGUGUGAGUAUACUAGCUUUUUUGAUAAUUGGGAAAAUCGAGAUAAACAUAAAUAUCCAAAAAAAAAACCGGAUAAAUAUCUAAUAUCUAUUCAAUUUUAUUAAAAAAUGUACCUACAUUUUUGUUUUCUACAGAAAUUGUGCUUUAAAUUCUAGUAUUUUUUCUGUAAGAAAAUUUUGUCUUAUUAGAGAAUAAGAAAGUUAUUUUUGAUUUUUCAAGCAGUUUUUAAAGUAAUUGGACAAAAACAGGAAACCUUAUAGUAUUACUGGUUUAAUUAUUUUUUCGAUUCGAAGUGUAGUGAGAUAUUUAUUAUUUUUACUCUGUUUAUUUUUCUGUUUAAACAACUUUUCGAACAGAAAACAUAAUCCAAUAGAUACAUAAGAUUUCCACAAUUUUUCAAGAUAAUAGCUAUUUCUUCGGAUUUUGAGUAACUUGUAUCUAUAUAUUGAUGAAAACAUGAAAAUAUAUAGGUACCUACCUAUCAGUGACAUGUAACCUAGGUUUCAAAUAUUGCUCAAGCAACAACUUAUAUAUGAGUGGGUGUUGCUAGAAGGAUAAUAACGAAUUAAUAAAUUACGUGUUUAUAGAAAGACGAUAUUAUUAUUAUUAUUAUUAUAGAAAAAUAUAAGUAUAAUUAUAUUUGUGUUAUGUUGUAUUUGAAUACCUAUUUUUACACAAUACAAGACCUACUAUAAUAUAUUAUAAUAAUUAAGUUAUACGAUUGUCGAUUAUACAUUGUUUCGAAGUGAAUUAAGCAUAACUAAAUUAAAAUAAAUAUUAUAUUCUAAAGAGUAAAGAUAUAUUAAAAGAGAAUGAAUUUUUUUUUAAAAAAAUAUAUAAGGCGAACUGCCUGUUUAACAGGUUGCCUAUAAUGACACUGUAUACUUAUCAGACACUCUAACUGAUACUUUUAGAUAAAAGUAACAUUUAAGGUUCAGAGCGUAUCGAGGAAUGAAUGGUUUUACAAUGAUGUUUCUGUUUUAUUUUAUUUUAUUUAUUCUGUGAACAAUUUUUCUACCAGAAAUCGUAAUCUGGCGUAUCGAGUGUAGCACUUUUUCUGAAAAGAAAUUUUAUCUAGUUGGUAUUCUAAGCAGGUCAUUUUUUGAUUUUCCAAACAGUUUUCAUAAGAAUUGAGAAAAACGGGAAAAUGUACAUACAUGUAUAAAAAAAAUUUCGCUCCAAAUCGUUUUUUGUUAGCAAUGGUUUAUCGUUGUGUACAGACUUAAAUAAUAAAAUCCCCUCUAUAUCCUACCUUCUCAACUUCUCACCUACAACAGUGGCCCACCCAUAGUGUGAAGUAUGUUCGUUUUUUUUCAACUGUUAUUUGGUCUUAAAUAAUUAUGAUAAAAUUUUAUUUAUAAUUUAUCAUUAUUAUAAUACGAUAUUUACAAAAAAUUAUGUUAAAAACAAAAAAAAAACAUGUUUAUACCGGAUUAAUAUAAAUCCUGAUUUUAUACUUACCUAUAUUUGUUUUAGAUUUGCCACUUUUGCACGAAGCGUCUAAUUUUUUUGCUUAUGGUUUGCGAUCUACUCAUCAUUGUAAGUAAUAAUUUCAUCAUAAAGUAACUAAUACCUACAUAGGUAUAUAUAUCACAUAUAUUUAUUUAAUUUAAUCGGCGGAAAGGCAAGGCAGACUGAACCAGGGCUUUGUAAUUUAUAAAAGGCCUCGCACCUAAAUACCCCCAAGUAGACUACUCUAAGUGUUAGCCAGAUGCCAUAGCAUUCAGUGUUAUAGAUAUAAUAUAUCCCCCCUCACAUUUUUGGUUAUGGAAAUCUAUCACCUCUAUCAAUUGAAUUAAAAAGUUUGUCUUCUGAAAUUGGAUGUAUUUUAGGCUCUGAAUUAUUAAAAGCGUCACAUUAAAUAUAAUGUAUCCGCGGACUUCGUUAUUUUUAUUUUUUUUUUUAAUUAGUAUACGCAUGUUUUCAAAAAUGAGAAUUAGUUACACGGCGUGUAUCUAUUCUUCGCACUACACCACUAAUUAAACCACUUAUACAACUAUCAACUGGUUCAAGAUUCAAAUCAAAUACAAUUGAUUAUACUAAAUAACUAAUGACUAAAUAAUUUCUAGUGUAUAAAUAUCAAAUUAUGUAAGCAGUGGUGGCUCGAAGGAGGUAUAUUUUAAUCACGUGGUUCACAACAAACCAUAUGGGCGGGUCGGGGGUUUCCUGAAAUAUAACAGAAAUUAUUAUGUUUUUACAAAACAAGACAUUAAAAGCAUAUUAGACUGCGGAAAUUUGAUCAAUUUUACACAUUUUAUUUGAAUAUAACAAAUUCAAAUACAUUUGUGAUAGGGUGGGGAUAUUUUUGGGUUUGUGUGGGUGGGUGGGUGAGUGGAGAAUUUGAUCGGUGUUUCAAGGUAAAAAUACUUCGAGCUACCAAUAGGUACCAAACUAAUAGCUGUAAUACCUAUUAUAGUAUCAUCCAUGGAAACUUUAAAACAUAAUAAACUAUAUUCUGGGUUUUGUACACUGGCUAGCCAGUGGCCAGUGAGUACUAAAUAACUAUUCUUAUAGUCGAAUAAAUUAAUGUUAUUUCUAUAUUAUGAUGUUGGCUGCUAUGUAUUUUUUUUUUUUUAAGAUGAUCAAGUAAAAUUGAGUCCAUACUACUUCUUCGAGCUAUGUUACAGUAAGUGUCUUGAAUUUUGUGUUAUCCAUUUUUAUAAUACAGCUAAAUCAUCCAGAAAAGUGUAUUAAAUAUUGAUACAUUUUUUUUAUUUGUUUGGGGGGGGGGGUCAUGAGCUGUAAUAAUAAUUAAAAAUAAGGAUUAUAACGUAUUAUUACACUAAUAGAUAAUAAAUAAUAAUAAAAUCAAAUUUAUAUACUUUUUAUAGAUGUCAAAUUUUUUGGUAUGUAUUAUAAUUAGGUAUUUUUCGAAAUCUAAAUCAAAAUGUGCCUAUUAUACUAAUCCAAAAAAAUUGAAUAAAUGUUGUGUGUUAUUUAUGUAUUUAUUCCUCCAAAUAUAGUAUACGAGUACAUAUUAUUUAUUUUUUUGGAAAUGUUGUUUAUUUUUGUGUGUUAAACGUUAUACCUACCUAACGCACAUUUAAUUUAAAAAAAAGACGUAAAAUAUAUCUUUUCAGGUUUAAUUAGUUAUUUGUAUAAGUUAUGUUUGCCUAGGAGUUCAUAAAACCUAACGUCUGGCACUGCUACUUAAUGUAGGCCAGCGGCGCCGAAGUAGUUUAAACACUUUAAACAUACUCGGGCAAACAAGGCAAUACUGUAUUAUAUUGGUCUUCUUUAGAUGUAAUAAUGUGCCCCUCAGGGGAAGACUUUGAUUUAGUAUCACACCUUACGGAUCUUGCCUACUCGGGGCCCCGAACUUCACUGGCAGAAACAAGUGGACCGAAAUUCUCCCCAUAUAAGGAGAACUCAUUACAAGGUAAAGAGCAGGGCAUCCUAUUGCUCUUGACGUGAAAAACCACCUCUAAAGUGGAUGAACGCUAAUAUGCAUCAACGGCAUAGGACGCAGAAAGUAAGGGAAGAGUAUUUUGUUUAAACGAAUAGAAAACACUAUAUAUAGUUUAUUAACCGAAGACCAGUUUGGUUUUAGGAAGCAAAGAGGCAAGAGGGAAGCUAUACUUGUACUUAGGCAAGUUAUUGAAAAGCAAAAUUGGGAAAGCAACGUUCAUAGUAUUUGUAGACUUAGAGAAAGCGUUCGACAAUGUAAAGCAGAAAACAUUAUUUCAGUUUUUGGAGAAAACAGAGAUUGCAAACUCAGAUGGAAGAAUAAUUAAAAGUAUUUUUGAAAACAAGACAGGAGUAAUACGUUACGGAGAUAGCCAGGAAAUAGUAGAAAUUAAGAAAGGCGUAAGGCAAGGAUGUUCAUUAUCACCAUGUUUAUUCAACCUGUAUGUACAAGAAGAAAUUAACCAAGUGAGGGAAUUAAUACAAUUAGCAAUAAAAAUUUAAGGCGAAAAAGUAAAUAUGGUACGGUUCGCUGAUGACAUAGCGGUGUUAGCGAAGAACGGAGAAGACAUACAAAACAUUCUAACGGCUAUCAAUAGCAUAUUCAGGGAAGAAUACAACGUGAAAAUAAAUAAGAUAAAACUAAAAUCCUCGUUUUUAGUCGACAUGAAACAGCUUGGCCGGAUAUUAAACUAGAUGGUGACACACUAGAAGUAGUUAAUGAAUAUAAAUAUUUGGAAAGUACGAUAACAAAUGAUGGAUGAUGCGCCAAAGAAAUAAGAUACAGAUUACAAGUACGAUAUGCAUUCCAAAAAAGGAAAGGCUUACUUACUUUUAAAAAUAUAGAUUUAAAGGUAAAGAAAAACUUGUAAAGACCUACGUCUGGAGCAUGGUACUUUAUGGCAGUGAGAUAUGGAUAAUAAGAAAAACUAAGGAAAAGAACAUACUUGCAUUUGAAGGGUGGUGCUAUAAGAAAAUUCUGAAAAUAAGUUAGGUAGAUCAUAUAACGAAUGAGGAAGUAUUUCGUAGAGCAGGAGAAGAAAGAAGCUUUCUAAAAUCUCUGAAGAUUAGAAGAGCAAAACUUAUUGGACAUAUACUGUGACAUAACAAUCUACUAGCUAGAAUAAUAGAAGGGUCCAUAGAAGGAAAGAAUAUCCGAGGAAGACCACCUCUCGAAUGCAUAAGCUAAUUAUUUAAUGAUCUAGGGUGUGAAACAUACUAUGAACUAAAGCGGAAAGCAGAGAAGUGUGAAGAUUAGAGGAAUGCUGCUAACCAGCCCCCGAGUUGUUAAUAAAAGAAAAAAACCCUAGUGUAAUAUUUAUAAUAUGUUACUCAUAGUACUAUUUGUUAAAGUUAUAUUUUCAAAGAAUACUAAUCAUCCUAUGUAUAUUUCCCACCACUAUAGUACCACCCACCCACCUGCAAUCAAACAAUUUUGGUUCUGUAGUCGAGUUCAGCGCUACUGAUGUAGGCAAUAUGCCGAGAAGGCAUCUCCUACACGUAUAUUAAAGAAAUUAUUAUCUGAGAAUAUAAUACAAAUUCAUUAAUAUAUUAAUUUCGUAUAUUGUAGACAAAUUAAAAAAAAUUAUGAAUCAAAUAGUAAUAGAUUUCUAUAAAAUGUAAUUUUUUUGUGUAGCAAUGCCAGAUCCAUUAUCUUACAUCAAUUACGAUGAGUAUGUGGUUAAUUUUAAACUAAAGGGUAAGUGCUUAUAAAGUUUUAUAGCAGUAGAUAUAGUACAUAAAGUAUAUAUUAGUACUAGAUAUUAUAUACAAUAUUAAAAUUUAAUUUUUUUCAUAGAAAAGUGGUAUCUUAGGGUGACCAUAUUUAAAAAAAUAAAAAACAGGACAAAAUAAUUUCAGUAAUACAUUCAAAGUAAUAUUUAUUAAUUAUUAUAGUUUUUUUUUUGUUAAUUUUUCACAAUUAUACCUAUAUUAUUAACUAUUUUAGAUAUAUUCGGAUAUCUUAGAUGUAUUAACACCAGUAUAAAUUUUUGUGGUUAUUAUUUUAGAUUCCGAGCGUAUCGAGGGAGCCAUUAAUUUUACAAUCUUGUUUAUUUCUCUUUUUUCUUCUUUUUUUUCUUUGUUCCAGUCUGUGGACACGUUUUUUUUUUUAGUAAACUUGUUCCGAUUUUUACGUCUAGCAACUUUUUUGAAAACUCAAGUUGUCUAGAUUGUACUUUCAAGAUUUUUUGAUUUUCGAGGCUAUUUUUUAAACAAAAGCACUUAAGUGGAAAAAAACGUAGGAAGAAAACGUACAAUUACACGAUUUCAUUAUUUUAUAAUAACACGGAAAGCAUUUCCUACCAGAAAAAUUGAUUAAAUCGAAAAAUCACAAGACAUCUUUUUUGUUGCCUUUUUGAUUUAAUUUCUUACGAUGUCAUCACUAAAACUUUUGUGAUUUUAAGGAAUUAAAAUUUUUGGGAGUUUUUGCUGGAGUUUGGUUAUAAAUACGCUUAGAGACUUGCAAUUUAGUAAUAAUACUUAUAUUGGACUUACCAAUUAGACGUGGUAAAAUUUUCAAAAUCAUCGGACUACUUUUUUUUUUUAAUAAGCAUUUUGAAAUCAAAUUUAAAUAGCAAAAAAAAUACGGCACUUCAAAUUAUGUAUUACUGAACUCGCUCGGAAUCGUUUUUCGUCAAGCAACAAUUUAUUGUUGUUAACAGAUAUGAAUGAAAUAACCUUAUGUAUCUUACCUACUCAACGUCUCAUCUACAACAAUGGCCGCUCCCAUCCCCAGUAUUAGCUUUUUUUUUUAUGAAUACAAUGGCAAUCACUGUCAUAAUCUAUAACGAAUAUUUGUGUCAAUAAAUUUAUUUUCUACAAAAAUAUAAUACAAUUUUAAUAUGUUUGUUAAAACUAUAAAAUAUUUAUAUCUAAUUAAAUAAAAUAAAUUACGGAAUAAUUGACAUCAACAUAAAAAACAGGACAAAAAGCGCCCGAAAAGCAGUGCGCCAGGACAACAGAUCACAAAGCUGAAAAAAAGGACGAUCUUGCAUAAAACAGGAUGUAUGGUCGCCCUAUGGUAGCUCACUCAUUUUUUUUCUGUGUAAUAGAUUAAUACAUUUUGUUUAAUUUUACUUUUCUAGUCAGUAAUUUUAAUAUGGAAUUUAUGAAAUCAAGAGCUGAAAAUGCCGUCGUAAAUAAGGGUAGGUUAUUUUCAUUAGGUACAUAGUUUGUACCAAAUACUAUACAUUUUAUUAUGUUUGUAGGGAAUCAUUGAAUUAGCUUCCAAUUUUAGGUAAAUAUAUAAAAUCGACCCUUGAAUUGGCUCCUAGAAUAAUAAAAUAAUAUAAUUUAAUUAGUUCAUAUACUACUUGUGUCCAAGAUCAGUAGGUAAGUUGCGUUGUAUUAAAAAAGGUUCAAAAAAGGUCAUAACCGACUUGUUAUCUUUUAGUUUCUUUUUGGACAUUCAGUUGUGUCCCAGUUUUUAAUUGCAUAAGUUCUAUAAUAUACAUUGGCGAUUACUAGAUUAAUAUCUGGGGCCAUAGAAGUAAUGCAUCUGGACUAUAAGUUCAAUACAAGUAAUUUUAAAUUAUUUGAUCGUUAUGUCUGAAAUAAUCAUCUGGUACGGGCAAUGCCGGACGCGGGACAACUAGUUAAUAUAUAAAUUAUCCAUAAAAUUGAGGUGAACAAUAAAUAUGCUCAAAAAUUUAAUUUUAAAAAUCACUCUGUAUAUUAUAUUAUAUCUUUAUAGUUAUAAAAUAAAUUAUGUAAAUCAUAAUUAUACUGGAAAAAUAUCCUUAUCUCUCUCCCUUCCCUCUGUGACCAAAUCACUUGAACACCACUGGUAGAAACAUGUCUUCAUAGUAAACUUAUAAAUAAUUAUUAACAUUUUUUAUCUAGAAUAUUUUUUUUUUAAAAAUGGUGUCGGGAGCCAAUUCAAAGGUCAUUUUUUAAAUAUCGACUAUAUCAGUGGUUAAAGUGGGAAUGACUUCGAAAAAGAAUUAUAUUGCCUGAAAAUUAAGAAGCGUUCCCUAAAACUGAUGGGUAUUAAAUAAUUUAUUUUUAAUAAAUUCCGAUUUUUAAAAUUUGAUUAAUGAAAAUGACAGUAACUAAAGCGUCUCUCCGGAUUUGAAAACUUGAACAAAAGGGGACUGAUAAUUUUAUCUUAAUAAGGAAAAUUCCAUUCCUCUCCGACACUCAUCACUUUAACCACUGGACUAUUUGUGUUUGGAAGACAAUUCAAUUGUCCCGGUUAUUACGGAAUCAGUUUCCAUUAAAAUGAACCUUCCUCUUUUCCAUCAAUACCCGUUUCCAAUAAACGCGUCUCGUGUCUUUUUCCAUCAAUACCGGUUACACCAAAAGUUAUAUUGAAAAAUAUCCACCAAAACAAUAUUUAUACCAUUAUAACAUUGUCUUUUGGUCAUAGGUAAUAAUGUCAGAUUUAUAGAAAAUGGGUUUCAUUCAUUGGUUUGUAAUUAAAUUGUAAAACUACACGUUUUACCACGAAAAAUUAUGUUCAUCGAUUUGUCAUAAUAUAUGUUAUAUUUGAUACAUAUUAUAUAUACCAUAUGAUUGAUAGAAACUAAUCUAACCAUAUUAUAUGUAUGGUUUUUGUGCACAGAUUUUUUUUAACAAAUUAUUAACUUUAUUUAUUUUAUUUUUAUUUAAAAUUACGAAUAGGAAUGUCUCAAUAUUAUGUAUACGAUUCUCCUGAACAUAAUUGGAAAACAGACAGUAUGUUUUACGGUAAGAACUAUACCUAUUACCAAUACAUACAUAGAUAAAAGAAAUUAUCAGUUUAAUAAUUUAAUUAGUCAUUAUAAGUUUGAUUUUGAUUAUUAUAGGGGAGUGUGAGAGGUGCCCACGCACCGGGCAAUAUGACCACAGGGGCAUUUUUAUUUCUAUUAACAUUUUUUGUUAAACAAUUCGUUAAAACAUAAACAGUUGUAAUUUUUUUUGUGGUUAUAAAAUAAUAUAUAGUUUUCAAUUUAAAUUUGUUAAAAUACUUUGAACUAAACAUGCUUCAGAGUCGUUUUACCGAUUUAUCAUUACAUACAUAUAUAAACUAAAUUACCUUAUGUCUUAUGCAUGUUUUACAGGAUAUGUAAGCUUUUAAAAAUGUGUUCUAUGAUUAUAAUUUGCACCAAUAAUUAUUGAUAUUUAUCCUAAAAUUAUGUAGCAUCCCUUGCCCUUUUUUACCAGUCUACGUCUGUAACUCACGAUUUUCCAAAUCUUAUUAGCAUAUAAAUCAACCCUGAAUAGUUGAAUAUAACAGAGAAGCAGGGGUGAAGCAUAACUAAUUGAAGAGGAUUAAUAUUAUUAUUUGUUUACAGAUAUAAAUGUUAAUAAGACACAGUAUGAUAGUUUAGUAAAAUAUAGAAGUAGGUACCAAAGUAAUUUUUAAACUUAUAUUCAUAUAUAAGUCAUAUUAUAAUAUAAUAAAAAUUGUUCAGACAAUUGGGAUCAUCUAUCAAAAGAAGAUUAUCAUCACAUAUGGAAUUGUAAGUAUAUUUUUAAGGAAAAUUCGAGAAUUAAAUAUAAACGGGUUUCCGGAUUAUUUUCGAAACAUGCUAAUUGGGUCUUAGGUUAUUACAAAGGAUUAAACCUAUUCGAAUUGGUUUAAAAGCAAUUUCAAUUUUUUAAAUUUCCUUACUAUUUUAUGUAGAAUUAGGAAUAUCUACAUAAUAUUAUUACUAAUGUGUAUAAUAUAUUGAUAUUUGUAUAAUAUAUCUGUGUAUAUAAUCAAUGAUAUUACGCAAAUGCAAACACUACUUAAUACAAUACGGUUAUUGAUGGAUUACUGAAUUUAGUAACGAGUAACAAUGUAAUUUAUUUUAUUAUAAUACAUACCGGAAUUACAUUCGUACAUAAUCAUGGUAAACAAUAUGUUAUAUUAUUGUUAAAUAAUAUUAUUAGAUUAAAUUUCAUCUUUUUUUAAUGUCUUUAUCGAGAACCAAUUCGAAUGCAGCUAAUAUACAUUUAUAAAUUACAUAGAGGGAUAUAAAAGAAUAGAAAAAAAAAAACAUUACCUAUUUAUAACAUUUUAAUAUGUGUAAGGUAUAAAUAUAUUAUUUAGGUACGUAAUAAGUAUCAGUGUUAACACUAAUUAACAAAAGAUGAAAUGUAAUCUAAUUAUAUUAUUUAUUAGUAGAAGUAAUUUCGGUAUGUGUUAAAAUAUAAAAAAUUACACCGUUAUUCAUUACUAAAUUAAGUAAUUCAUCAAUAACAACAAUACCUACAUGUUUGAAAUAUUAUUAAAUUAUAAUUUAAUCAUAUCAUUAUUUUAAACGGUAUAUUAUUUGUGCGAAUGCAGUUCAAAUGUUGAUCAUAUUCGUAAUACAUUAUUGUACCCAUUUAAUCUGCUUUUACUAUUUAAAAUUUAGAGUAUUCUAAUACUUGAUGUAAUAACUAAAUUAGGUACACAUUAUAUAUUGUUAUUGUUACACUGAAUAAAAAAUUAACUUUUACUUUUAAUGUUUUUGAUUACGUAUAGUAUACAUGCGUAAGUAUUAACUAUCAAUUGAAUUAGGUAACUUUUAUAAUAUACCUUUAAUGUUUAAGAAUGUAAGUGGGGCCGUAAUAGAAAGGACACACCCAUAAAAUUUCUUAAAAAAUAAAUCGCUUCAAACGAAUAAGUAAAAAUAAUAAGGGCAUCAAACUGGUUGACAACUCUCUCACAAAUUUGUUUUCAGUUACUAUAAUUUUGAGAGUUUAUUGUAUAUAAGAGCUGUUCAAAAAGUAAUGAAAAUUAUCGUCUGAAGAGGCACAUAAUUUAACAAUUUAAACGUGUAGUACAAAAUAUGUCUAGCUGUUAUCAUUUCAAGUUUCAACUCAAUUGUUUCUGUGGAUUUUUCAAUGAAGUUAGUUGAUACGAUGGCCCCGAUGGUCAGGUCACUAUCUCGUAUAAAUAAAUACACGAAGGGUUAUCGGUAUUACUUGUUUAUUAAAUUAAAAGUGAAAAAAUAAGCUUCAAAAAUAGCACUAGAAGAAAAGAGACUAAAGAUAAUUUUUAAGUAUCAAAGAUAUUUUGUAUACAAGAACAUUGACUUUUGAUGAGGAUGUGAGACAUAGAAUAAAGUAGAAAGAAGCAUGAAGUGUUUUAUGUCACAAGAGAAUUUCAAUGUGACUUAAAGUUAAGUUAUACAGAAGUGUAGUGAGCCUAUGUUGUAUGGUUUGGACUGUUCAGAAUUUUGGACGAUAGACAGAAAAAUAAAACAGUACAAUAUAGAAUUUUUUUUUUAAAUAUUUUAUUAUCAAAUUUCGACGAAAAUCAUAAAUAUUAUAACCUUUCAAAACAUGUAUAACCGAACUCCGCUCAGAAUCGUUUUUCAUUAGCAAUGAUUAAAAGUUGUGAACAGAUAUAUAUUAAAUUCCCCUUUAUAUUUUAUCUUCCCAACUUCUUACCUAUUAAAGUGGCCCACCUGUCGUACUAAGUAUGUCCGUCUAUUUUUUUACGAUUUUAAAUUUGUUUAAUUUUAGUUUUUCCAAAAAUCCAUGAAACCAAUGAAAUUUUUUUGAAAGCAAGAACGCAAGUUGGUAAGUUUUUUAUAGUUGCAAUAUAGAGCUAAUAUUUAAUCGCAUGCAUAAAAGCACAUUUAUUUGAUUUAUUUGAUAGUAAAAUCACAUACUGUACAGAUAAUGUAGUACCACCCUCAAAAAUAUUCUCGUUUUUAAAUUUUGUUCCUUGAGUAAUUGUGUUUAAACUCCAAUUUCAACCUAAAUGCUACAAUUUUUGUUCUAAAUAUUAUUUAUAUUAAAUAAAAGUGUAAAGGCGUUACAGAUUAAUUGAUAAACAGACGUAUUUGAACUUCUAUAUAUUAAAUAACAAUAUAAUUCUACACUUAGCUUAUUUUAUAACAGAAGGUAUCCAUAAUUUGUAUUUAUUUAUUUGUUUUCAUACUUAAAGCAUUAUUGUUAAGUAAGUAUGUUUUAUUUUAUAUACCAAACGGACUUGCGCCCAAGUGAUUGCGAUUCAUAAUUCAAUUGUAUAACUUCAUAAUUAACAACAAGUGCAAGUGUAUAUUGAGGUUUUAUAAUGGUAUACAUUUUUAAUGGAUCAAUUAUAAUAAGUAGAUUAUUUUUUUUUUUUUUUUUUUUUUUUUAUUUGGAUACACAUUUUGACAAUAUACAUAGAUAAUGUGGUACACAAAAGUAUUUAAUUUUUGAAAUUAUUCAUUUAUUUUUGUAUUAUUUCACUUUUUUAGUAUUUUAAAAUCACGAUUUGAUAUUAAAGUGUUAAGAGUUAAAUUUAAGUGUUUGAAAAAAAAAACUUUUUCCUGUGAACUCUAUAUUUCACUCUUAACACUUUAAUAUCAAAUCGUUAGGUUACUUUCAUAAUACUGCAAUACUGCAUAUAUACUCAGUCACAAUAUGUAAUACCAUACAAAUCCAAACUCUAUUCAUGAUUAAAUAAAUUUGGUAUUGAUAGUUGCAGUAAAUAAUAAAUAUAAUUAUACAGUGUUCCAUAAAGACACUCACAACAUAAACUUUGCAAUAUUUUGAAAAAUUUAAAAAAAAAUCGACUCUAAAAUGAGCAAAAUAUUAAUAUUGAUUUUCGUUACCCUUAUUUUCGAAAAUAAACGACCGCCUAAAACUGCCUACUCUCAAAUGGCAAAUUUUACUACUUAUACAUUUCAUAAAUAUAUAGAAUAUUAACCUGAAUACAAUAUGGUGUUGAAAUAUUUGAUUUUCGUCUAUCCGACGAGAUAUUCCAUUUUUAAAUAUUUGGUAGAUAGAAAGUAGUGGAGUAUUUGUGUGGUGGCACGGCCCACGCAUUUGAAUAUUGCUCCACUACUUCUCUUCUACCCAAACUUAAAAGUGGAAUAUUUUGUUGAAAAAAGUUAAUAUUUUUCAUGAUAUCGCAAUAUGUGGAAUACACUGUGGCAUGCAGUAGGUGUAUAUAAUUUGUAUGUACAGUCAUUCCAGAUAGAUUAGGUUUAUAUAGGUGGUAAUUAUUAUUAACUGGUGGUUCUCGAGUAUUUACGACUUAAUCAGUAAACCAUAAUAAUAGAAACAGAUUGGAUACAAAUUAUUAUUUGAGAUGCAAUUCGGACCUAUCGCCGACAAAUCGGAACUCGAGCGUCUUGCAAAAAUUACGCAGUGGUUCUGAUGUUACGAUACAUACAUAAUAUCUACGAUAUAUGUAAUAUAUACGUAUACAAUAUCUAAAUAUUAUUAAAUAUCGCUGUAUCUUUAAUGCACAGAAAAUUAAUUCAAUUUACUUACUUAUAUAUAGAAUCAAAAGUACAUAAUAUGCUACCAUUAGACAUCAAAUCAUCUAUUAUUUAAUACUUAAAAAAAAAAAAAACUAACUGGCCGCAGAACGAACCAAAUACAAAACUUCAAAUAUCUUAUACUUUUAAUCUAGUACCAUACAUUUGUAUAUUAUCAUAUUGUACAAUACAUUAAAUUUCUAUGUAUUAAUAAUUAUUGUAACCUACAUUGUAUAAUAUAUUUAGGAGGACGCCACACUGACAUUUACUGUUACCGUUUUAUAAACGCGAAAUAGCAAAUUUGCGUUCAAUAGGACACGUUUUGUAUGUUAGUUUUUAUGUUAAAGUAAAUUGACCUAUUACGAAAAUUAAACGUAAUAAACUAAUAAGAUUAUAUUAUGAGCUUUAGUGUUGAUGAUAUGUUUGAUUGAGUUUGAUAUUUUUAUUUUUAAAUAAGAUAUGAAAAUGUUAAAUAUCACAAUUUAAAAAUGAUUUUAUUCUGCUUAAAAAUUAAAAUACCGAAAAAAUAUCAACGCUAGCACAUAUAUAAUCUUCUUACCUUUAUGUUUGGUAAUAAGUCAAUUUGCUUUAAUAUUAAAACUAACAGCACAAAAAGUGUCCUACUUAACGCAAAUUUGGUAUGUCUCGCGUUUGUAUUACGGAGACAGUGGAUGUCGGUGUGACGUUUUCUUAAGUUAGUUUCAUCUAAUAAGUCUGAAAUCGUAAACAAAAAUUGUAUGUAAAUUAUAAAUAUAUUAGUUUCAUCAUUAUAAAUUGAGAACUCAUGGGCCCCCACACGAACAUGUUUAGUGAGACCCAUUAUCUUUUCGAAGAAAUAAACGGUAAUAAUAAUAGCAAUAUAUUUUUAUAUGGACGCAAUUCGGAUGCAUCCUAAAAUCGAUUAGAAUAUAAUUACCUGAUUUUAAGUAUAGGACCUAGGUAAUUACCCAGUUGUAUAGAUUUAAGGAAAUAAUCAAAUAAUUAUAAUAAUCAUUUGUUUAGGAAUGGCUGCCACAGUUCCAGUGCUCACUAAAUCCGUUGAUAACAUUAGUAAGUUUUGUGUUUCGAUAAACAUAGAAAUUUAGGUACCUGUACAAAAUAUUAAAUUAUAUUUUUACGUAUUCUGCAACAAUUUAAUAGAAUGUUAAUUUAAAUAAAUAACUGGAUACUGUAUGUAUAAUAUAAUAAGGUAUUCAAAUUGUGCGGAUUUUUAGUCAUUAAUUUUGUAUCAAAUAUUCAAAUAAUUUAACUAUCAAAUAUUAUAUUAUAGCUUAUAUUGAGUAAUUUAGAAAAAUAUUCGAUUGGGUCCAAUAUUACAAUGAUACAUUAUUGUUGUUUUUUUCCACUCUUAUUCUCGGGUUUGAAACUACUACCCACUUUUGAUUUUCAAAAUUUCAAUAUAAAAAUCCAUAAAUAUAGUAUUGUAGAAAUACAUUUUGGUGUUGAACUUUUUAGUUUCCAUAAAUUCGUUAACAAAAUAUUCCAUAUUUUAAAGUUUGGGUAGUUAGGGGGGAAUUAGUGAAGGCUCUACUAAUGAAUCCCUCACUAAUGUCUAUGACAUAAUUUACAGAUUUUGGUAGCUUUAUUUAAGCAUUCAAAUAUAGUUCAACACGCGCCACUCAGGGGCACUAUUCAAACGCUGCGCGCCACGCCACCACACAAAUAGGGCUAAAUCCUAUUCCUUAUGCUGACCUAUCCAUAAUAACUAUAAUUAUAUUACUACACGAUAUUAUUAUUAUAGACCACGCGUGGAGUGGAUUUUGUAUUGCAAUGGGUACUAGCAAUGUGGAUACCUUCCUAAUAUUAUAUAAACAUAUAAUGUACCAAUAAAGAUUAAUAUUUGCGAAUCUAAAAUAUAUUUAAAUGUAUUGUUUAUAUGGUCAUGUAUACAAUUAAACACUUGAUCAUAUUGUUUUGUGUAUUAGUCCUGUACAAAGAUUUGAUACCAAUACAAAUGUCACAACAUACACCAAAAUACAGAAAUACUGAAAUUCAAAUUCCCACUCAUACAACUAUACUCCAACCAAGCAAAAGCAUUAUAUUUCCUCGAAGAGAUAACUGUCAAUUCAAUAUCCCGAGCACUCCAAUAAGUCCAGGCCAAGACCAUCUUGGAGAUUCAAGUAGGACUUUCGAUUGUGAACAGUCAUGUAAGUACCCAUAUAUUAUGUUAGCGAACGUGCAAAUGUUCAUAAAAGUGUUUGUAAAAUUCGUUAUGUAAAUUCAAUAACAGAUAGUCUUAGGAACAUAAAUUCCUUUUUUUGCUAGGUGAAUAUUAAAAAAAAAUAAAAUAAUAUUUGAAUAAUAUAUGUUUAUAAAUUAUAAUUAUAGAAAGUGUAAAUAAAAAUGACAAUAACAGAAUAACAUAUUAUGGUAUCUAGAUUAUAGCUUAUAGGUACCAAUAUACAAUUAAGCAUGGGGUUCUUUUAAUCCCUUAAUUAAUAUACGGAAUAUUCAUGUAUACAUUAAUAUGCGUUUAAGACCCCAUGUGUCCGUGUCAUUGUCAUUUUCCGUUACUAUUUACUUUUUAGUUUGUUUUUUAAGCAGUUUUAAAUUUUUUUAGAUUAUUAGGAUAAUGCAUUGGUCUUAUUAUAAUAUGUGAAUGUUUAUUCUUUUUUUGUCAGUAAACAACUGUUCUAUCAUAAAUUAUGCUCUAGUUUGGCCAUAAUCAUCAGGGUUGGUUUGUUGUGUUUAUAACACUUGAAAAGAAACGCUGGAAAAACAGGAAUAUUUCCGAUAGAAACCAAUUAAUUGACACCUGGUUUUUUUAAAAAAAAAACAUACAUAAAGAUAAAAGUCUAACACUCGAAUAAUUCGAUUUGUUUAUAGCCGUUAUUUGCUCAUUUUCAAUUUUGUCUUGAUCUAUAAACAAUAUACAGUAGUGACCAGGAUACCUAUUUUGCAUAAAUAUAUUAUGAUGAAUGUAUGGUCAAUAUACAUAAACUACUCUUAUAAUUUAUUACUCCGAUAUGAUCAUUUAUACAAUUAAAAAUCACCAUUUGUGCUAUUCGAUUUAAGUAAUCGAAAACUCGGAAAAUCGGUAUAAUAUUCAUAAAGAAAAUAUCUGAUGUCUAUUUAAUUAUUUAACCGUAAUGUGACGGUUAUAUAUAUUUGUAUAUAGUUGACGAAGCAUCACUAUCAACUAAACUCCGUUCAGAAUCGAUUUUUCGUAAUGAUUUAUCGUUGUUUACAGGUAUACAUUAAAUUAUCUAUAACAACGGCUUGGUUUCUAAAUUAACACUAUAUAAUAUAAUCCGUGGGGAACAUUGUAAUUAAUUAUUAAUAAUUCAUAAUUUAUGUAGCUUAUCAUGACGCUCCAAGUGAAAUUGACAGUAGUACAUGGGACGUUAUUCACGGAUAACAACAUAAAUAUAUUUAUAACUAUUUGAAAUUAUUUGUGUUUUUAGUUUUUAUUUGGUUUUAUGAAGAUUACAUUUUUGUGCCUUCUCAAAAGUGUUUGAAAAUUAAAUGAGUUUUUUCUAAGAUGAGUUUAAAGUAAAAAUCACAGUAUUUUGCUCAAUUGUAAGUGUAUUCACUUAUACUCACGGAAUUUUUCUUAUGUUUGAGACAAAUAUUUGGUUUCUAAAUUAUGAUUUUAUAUAAUCCGCGAAGAAUAUUGUAACAAAUAAUUAAUAACAAUUCAUUAUUUAUGUAGCUUUUCAUGAAGCUUCAAGUGAACCCGAAUGUAAGUACGCAAGACAUUAUUUACGGGUACACAACAUAAACAUAAUGAUAUUAGUACUUAUAUUAUCAUAAUGAUAUUAGUACUUAUAUUAUUAUAUUUACAAAAUAAAUAAAAUUACAUACAUGUAUAUUGUGUCAUAGACCGCACGAAAAAUUAGUCUGUUUGCAAAAAGACUCUUUGCGAUGGGGUACCUCGUUUGCGAACUACUUAUUAUUUUUCAAAACAGACGGCUAUUUUUCAGGCUUAUUGCAGACAGACUAACAGUAGUUAGGCUUUUUAAAAUCAUUGUAUAGUAAUUUUAUUAUAAUUUAUUACUUGUAAAAAAAAAAAAAAAAAGAAUUAUGUAAACUGUGUAUUAAGUAGGUAUCUAUUAUGUACUUAUUUAGUGAAGUUUAUAUUAAAUUGGUGCAUUAACCAGAUCAUUUUGGAUUUUUCAAACUUUUGUUUUGAAUGGAAAUUUAAAACUUUUCGUAAUUUCACGUACAAUUUAUCGAUUUGUCUGAAUAUGAUUUUUCGGCUAACCCAAAAUAUUUGAAAAUAAAAUACGAAGUUUAUUAUAAGUUGUAUUUGAUUUUUAAAUAAAAAGUUGAGCUACCAAACUUAUUACAGUAAUUUUUGUUUUAUAAACAUUUUAGGUUAAAAUGUUAAUGUAAAUCUUGAAAAUCACGGCGUUUAAAAACAUAUUUAAGCGAACUUUGUUCAGAAUCGUAUUUCGUCGGCAAUUAUUCAUCAUUUAAUCCAGACAAAAAUUAAAUAAUUGUAUGCAUUAUAUCAUCCUAUCUUCUCAUCUUUGUAUAACAGUAGCACGCCAAUCAGCAAUAUAGGACACUCUUUUUUUAUCUAUUUUAUAGCAAUAAUAGGUUACCAAAAGUAUAUAAUGUAUACACUAUAUACUUAUUGACAUUUUAGGCAUCACUUGAAAAAAUUAUGAUUUUUUUUUUCUAAUUUCUAAAAGUCGGUUGUAUUACUUACCGUUACUUUACCUAUAACCUGAAUAUUUCAAGUUGAUUCGGAAUUAUUUCGAUAAGUUGUUUGCAUUUUUAUGAAACCAUUUAACACUAAGAAGCUAUCAAGCAAUAUAUCCUUUUUAACGAUAUUUUUAUACUUUGCCGAUUCUUCGUUUAUUAUUAUUAUUUUUUUUUUAUUAAAAAUAUAGCUCUAUUAGUUAUAGAAGAAAAAGCAAGUGACAUUACCAAAAUCUUAUGGACAAGUAUGUGUAUUAUACAUAUAUUUAUAAAUAUAGGUUAGGUUUAUCAAAUCUGUACCUAUAUUUAUAGUAUUUCUUCUUCUUCUUUCUACCUAUUGUUAUUAUUCUUAUUGAAAUCAAGUUAAAUUGUAUUUAUAUUUGUUUUAGAUUUUAUACUAACAGGCGAAAAGUAUGAAGAUUAUUUAAUUCGGGUGACUUAUCUAGGUAAUUUUUUAAUAAAUUAAAUAACCCUUACUAGUUAGAUCUAGGUGUAAAUAUUAUAUUAUCAUAAAUACCUAUAUUUACUCAUUGGCUAUAGCUAAUAGUACAUACAAUAUAAUAAUAUAAGCAUAGGCGUCAUUUGAAGUAAAAUCACGGGGUAGCAACUAGCAAGCAUCUUGAAUAAUAUUUUUAAUUGAGUUGUGAUUUAAUGAAUUUCCUCCAUUCCAUUAGUCGGUGGAUCAUCAAUCAGGUUCUAGAUUUUAUUCAUUAGAAUUAGGUAGAAAAAUAUGAAAUAAAUUUAAUUAAGUAAUCAGUUGAUAAUCAUUAUAUACGUUCAAAUCUAAUAUAGUCAAUAGUAUAAUUAUUACAUUCGUGUGAUUAUAUUAUGAAAAAUAGUAAAACAAUUAAAAUUUAAAAAAAAAAUUACUCUUAGGGUAGCGUAGCUAUUAUUCUAGAACCCCGAUGAAAAUUAUGAAGUAGCAGUUGCUACCCCACACUAUCCCGUAAUGACGCCUAUAAAUAUAAACAUUAAAUAAUAAAAAAUCCAAAAACUAAGUCGUAGACGAAUAGUAAGCAGAUAAAUAACUAAGUAUAAAAUAAAUAUAACAUAAUGUAACUUUUCAUUAUACAGGGUGUCCCACGAAAAUAUACCCAUCACAAUAUCUUCGGUGAUAAUAAAGACAAUCAAAUUCGGCUCUUUUUUUUUUAAUAAUUCUCACUAGGAUAAUGACUUUAUAUUUAUAAUUCAAUUAAUUAUUUAUGUUUUUGUAAAAACUUAAAAAAAUAAUUUUUUUUGAAAUGUUGACGUAUCAACUUUGUAUUUUUAUUAAAUUCGUGAUAUUUAAUAACUUUUCCGAGAAAAAAAUGUAGUUAAUUAGAAAAAAAAAAUUAAUUGAAAUAUAAAUAUUUAUAGUCCUUAUCCCUGUAAGUAAUAUAUAUAUAUAAAAAAAAAUAGAAUUUGAUUAUCUUUAUUAUCUUCGGAGAUAUUACAAUGGGUAUAUCCUCAUGAGACACCUUGUAUACGUAUAUACACUGAGUGCCCCAACGUGUUCUUUGGAUUUGUAAAUUUUUGUAAAUAAUCAUUUUUUUGUUAAUAGGAUUUUAUUUUAGAGGUGACAUAUAUUUAGAGAAAAAACUACAAAUUUUUAUCAACCCCCCAAACAUAAAAAAAAAUUUAUUUUACUUGUUCACUUUUUUAAAUUUUCAAAAUACCUAAUUUUCAAUAAAUAUAAAGUAAACAUAAAUAUAUAGAUAUUAUUCUAAAUUUUUUUAUCUGGCACACGCAUAAUCGAUGAAUAAAUUCUUAGUAAUAGCCAUUUUAAGUUUUAGAAAAAAGUGUAUAAAAAAUGUAAAACUAUGAACUAUUAAUUUUACUAUCACAUUCGCGAUAGGGAAUCAAAUUGUAAUUUUAUGUAAUUUGAACUAUUUUUACACUAAAAUUAUCGUAUUUUCAUUUUAUUCUGUACUUAUUGAGUUAGAAGCUAUAAGAGCUAUGACUGAGAAACUAUUGAUCGUAUAUCCAUUUUUGGUACUUUAAUGUUAAUUCUAGAAUAAUAUCAUUUACAAAAUGGCUAUUUUGAAUAAUGUACAAAUAAAUGUAUCUAUCUAGCUUUUCUUUUACUAAUUAGGGGGUCAAAAUGCAAAUUUAAUUUUUCUCUAUAUUAUACGUGUCCUCGAACACAAAAUCCGGUUAAAAAAAAAUUGAAUACGAAUACAGAUAUAAAAAUCCAUAGAACGUGGUGAGACAUCAAUAGUAACAUAGCCCAUAGGUAAGCAUAUUAUUAUAUAUUUAGUAUAAUAGGUACAAUGUACCUGGUACAUAUUGUAUUAUAUACUAUUUGAACAGAAAUAUUCCAAAUAUUUAGGAAGGUCUUAUCUUCCUCCAUAUCAAAACAAUCCUAAACGCCUAUCUUUGGACUUUGGUACUUACUUGAUAAAGACUAGAUUUGAAGGGGUUCAAGUCUCUCGAACCUUCCUCCCCAUUUGCAUCAAAUUACUUACUUUACUUUAUGAUUGCAUUUUGUGUUUAUUAAAUUUUAAAUUAUGAUAUUUAGGAGGAAUACCAUUUACCCCAGAAGCGCUUAAUGAUUUUUAUAAAAUUGAAUAUCCCGGUAAGUUUAUGUAAAAGUACCUACUGUUUAUUUCUAAUGAAAAUACUGAUUUAUACACCAAAUUAAAUAACACCUAGUUAAUAGCUAUUAUUUUAUAAUUGUGAUAUUUGAUUAUACUAUUCUAUUAUAAUUUUGUAUUCUCGUAUAUUUAAAAAAUAUUCUUCAAUCGAUUUUCGAGAAUGAUAUACGUUUAAAAAAUAUUUUACACAUUAGAUAAAAGGUUAGUUUUAACAGAAAUGCUUGAAAAUUUGAUAGGAGAAUCAUUAUAAGUCGUAGUGGUCAAAAAUAAAAAUCGAGUACUCUGUAGUAUUUUUUUUAUUAUUUUUAUAAGAGUUUUAAAAUAAAAAAAUUGACGAAAAUCGUAAAUAUUAUGGCCUUUUAAAACAUGUAUAACUGAACUUCGUUCAGAAUAUUUUUUCGUUAGUAUAAUGGUUUAUCAUGUUUUAUGGUUACAGAUGUAAAUUAAAUAAACUAUUUUUCUAACCUUUUCAACUACCCACCUACAACAGUGGCCACACCCGUCACCAGUAUUAGCCCUUUUUUUAGGAUUUUUUUUGGUUCAGCAAAAAUGCUUGAAAAAUUAACACAAGGUUUAUUGUGUGUUUCUAUUAGUGUGAAAAAUGUUCAACGUAUGUAGUCAUUUUUUUUUAAAAUUUCAAAUUAAAAUGAAAAUCCAUUCUCUUAGAAAUGCAAAAUAUGUACCAUCUAAUCAGUGGUGGAUCUUUAUUUGGUUGUUCAAUGGAAGUGGAUUUUAUUAAAAAAAGGAAUUUAUAUUAUUUAAACUUUUGUAGAAUAUAACAAUUACGUAAAAUUAUAAAAAGGCGAUCGCUCUGUUAAUCCCCCCCUCCUUGUAUCUUAUGCAUUCUAUUAAAAAAAAUGGUUGAGGUACGUUAAAAUUUUUGAAAAAUUAGUUGACGUACUUUGUCACACUGCUGAUUAUAAUAGCUAAUAAUAUUACCGUCUACCGUGAUAUUUAGGCAUAACUGGAAAUAGCUAGUCCAUGUUGGCUCUGGCUGUUUUUUAUACCUACCCAUCAAGACAUUAAUAUUAUUGAUUAGUUAUAACUAUCUAAGGUCAGAUAAUGAUAAAACAAAUAAAUACAAUGAAAAAUUAUUGUUUAAGGAAAAACCUCAUACGAUAAAUUUGAGAAGGAAUCCAUAUCUUAUGAUUUGCCUCCGAGUAAGUAACCCGUAGCCAUAAAUAUUAUAUUUAUUUACUCAAGUAACUAUUCAUAUUUCAUAUUAUUAUUACUAAGAUUAUAACAUAAAAUCUAAACUUUUAGUAUUCCGUUUAUAAUUUCAUCCACAACUAAAUGUAUAUCCCGACGAAUGGAUAGCAAUACCUGUCCAUUUAAUCAUACGCCUUACAUAAUAAUUAUGUCACUUCAGUGCCGGAUCUUAACAUUUUAAUACUCGGGGAAAAUGAAAAAUUCACGUCCUACGAUUUGAAAACCACUCGCAAUAUACAGGACCAAUUAAUUAUUUGUCGUAAAUAAUUUUAACAUUUUUAACUUAUAAAUCAAAAAAUUUAAAUUUUAUUCUAAACAAGUAAUAUUUUUAGAAUCACUUCUUAAUGGUGGAUUUAAAACUAAAAUUUGUGGUCAAUAUUUCUAAGUUUCAUGUUUAGGAGAUUGUACUUUACAGAUUUUUUGAUUUUUGACGCCAUUUUUCAAAUAAAAGCACUUAAGUGGAAAAAAACGUAGGGAAAAAACGUACAAUUUCACGAUUUCAUUACUUUAUAAAAACACGGACGACGUUUUCUAUCAGAAAAAAUGAUUAAAUCGAAAAAUCACAAGACAUCUUUUUUGUUGCCUUUUUGAUUUAAUUUCUUACGAUGUCAUCGCUAAAACUUUUGUGAUUUUAAGGAAUUAAAAUUUUUAGGAGUUUGUUUUGCUGUAAUUCAGUUAUAAAUACGCUUAGAGACUUGAAACUUGAUAAUAAUACUUAUAUUGGACUUAUCAAUUAUACGUGGUAAAAUUUCCAAAAUUAUCGAACUUUGUUUUUUUCAUAAGCGUUUUGAAAUCAAAUUUAAACGAAAAUCGCAAAGAAAAUAUGCAGUACUUCAAAUUAUGUAUCACCGAACUUGCCCGGAAUCGUCUUACGUCAAACAAUUGUUUAUCGUUGCUUACAGAUAUAAAUGAAAUGACCUUAUGUAUCCUACCUACCGAACUUCUCUCCUACAACAGUGGCCGCUCCCAUCCCCAGUAUCAGCUCUUUUAUUUAAUAUUAUAAAUUUGUUUACAUUAAAAAUAUAAAAUAAAAUAUUUUAUACCAAAAAUUUAAAUUAUAAAUUGGAACACUAUACUAGUGAUGUGUUUUAAAUUGUUUUUAGUUAUCGUCCAUUGAAUAAUUGUUGUUAUUGAAUGUUGAUUUAAAUAUUUUAUGCAUCUAUAUAUGUACCAUGUAGGAGUGUAAAUGGGAGGAGUGAAUUAUCGUACACAACAAUACUACGUAGGUAAUUCCUACUAUUUCAUGUUAUAUGGAAGACCAAUUUAAAACUUUGAGGCACACAUUUGUUUUGAUAAUUUUCUUGGAAAAUAUUAAAAUUUAGCACUCAUAUUACAUAAAAAAAUAUAUGGUGAUUUCACUAUAAUACCACAAUGCCUCAAAGGGUGAUUAUAUUGUAAAAAUGAUAAAAAAUAUAUAGGCACCUAUUCUUAAAUUUGAUAUUAAUUAUAAACCGAUAAAACAAAUAUUAUGUCGUAUUCAAAACUAUUAAAACAGUCUCUUUUAGGGUGAAAAGUUUAUAAAUUCCUUACAAAACAUAAAAAAAAAAUUUACGAUGUCCAUGAAAAUCGGUCGGAAAGUAGUAAAAGAGGUUCUUCUAGGACGAUAUAAAAACAAAAAGCCUAUGAGACGUUAAUCGAUAUUUUUUUUCUCAGACCUAAAAGCCAUACUUCAACCCACGAUUGCAAUAAUAUUUUAUUUAUAUACUAUAGUUUACAUUGAAUAUUAAAUUAAAAGUUCGUUCAGAAUUAUUAAUGAGAGGGUGUGGGGGCGAAGUUCUCCAACUUUUUCAAUGGAUUUCUGCCUAUGUAUGCACCCUGUCGGUCUCGUUGCUCGCACGAGUGUACGACUAUUUUUUACUUACCCUACUCGACAUUAACCGAGGACGCAUGUACGUGUUUUGUUUUUGUUAAUUUUUAUUACUUAUUAUUCUAAUAGAUACCUAUUCUUAUCUUCCUGGGAAAUUUUAUGAAAAUUGUUUGUCCGUUUGAGUGAACUUAAUGUAUCAGUAGUUGAUAGUUGUAUCUGUCAACAUUUACAAUACAAAUAAAAUUUAAUUAGGCUGUAAAACAUGUUAUACUAUAUAAAAGUGCUUAUUGUUACAUUUUUUAAAACCAUCUAUCUAUUUGUUGAUUUCAGAAUUUUAUCAAAAACAUCCAACACACGCAAAUUCUGAAAAUAAUGAAAAUGAACAUAGACAUAAUCAUCAUGUUGAAUAA